AUGAGUGAGGAAAACAAUUACAGGCAAUUCCGGCUGUCAAACCCAUUGAUCAGCCGCUGCUUCGUACCUGUGUCCGAUGUUCCUGGCCUGAUAGGCUCAGUACAUAAUGAACUCCGAGUCGGCGGGAUUGUCAGGGGUGAUGGGCGUCCACAAGUUCCUGUUCAGUCGACGAAAUAUUUUUACUGGGCAACACAUCGUGAUCUCUUAGAUGACCCAAACAGACUCGCCAAUACUCACUUUCCAACGACAUGGAAGUUGAUGGAACAUACCGGCAUCAGAUCUGUAUACUAUAAUGCAAAGGCAUUGGAACUACGGUAUCCUGUUGUUGAGGCGCCCUGUCUACCCCUUCCACCGGCCUCUCUGACAGCAAGUCCAACAAUCGAGGAGCAUCAAGAUGAGCAUCCUCGUUACCAGCAAGUGCUCUCGUAUCGCAAGACCUGUACAUUCAUCACUGAAAAAACUCGGGAGUUUUUCACGGAGCCCUGA